AUGGAGCCCCCUUUGAGCAAGAGGAGCCCGCCAGAGCUGAGAUUAGCGGAUUUGGCAACAGCUAAAGCCCAGCAGCUUCAGAAUAUGACAGGCUUCCCAGCGUUGGCCAGCCCGCCCGCCCACUCCCAACUCCGUGGCGCCGCCGCGCACCUCCGCCCGCAGGACCUGGGCGCUGACCCCGGCGUGGCCAUCUCUCCGCUCGGACCCGAGCACAUGGUCCAGCACCCGCACCAGCACCACCCCCACCUCCCAGGGGCAGCCGGGGCCUUCCUGCGCUACAUGCGGCAGCCAAUCAAGCAGGAGCUCAUCUGCAAGUGGAUCGACCCCGACGAGCUAGCCGGACCGCCGCAGCCACCGCCCCCGGCCGGCGGCGCCCAGCCCUGCUCCAAAACUUUCAGCACCAUGCACGAGCUGGUGAACCACGUCACGGUGGAGCACGUGGGCGGCCCGGAGCAGAGCAGCCACGUCUGCUUCUGGGAGGACUGUCCGCGCGAGGGCAAACCCUUCAAGGCCAAAUACAAGCUCAUCAACCACAUCCGGGUCCACACGGGCGAGAAGCCUUUCCCUUGCCCCUUCCCAGGCUGCGGCAAGGUCUUCGCGCGCUCCGAGAACCUCAAGAUCCACAAGCGCACUCAUACAGGGGAAAAGCCUUUCAAGUGUGAGUUUGAUGGCUGCGACAGGAAGUUUGCCAACAGUAGUGACCGCAAGAAACAUUCGCAUGUCCACACAAGUGACAAACCCUACUAUUGCAAGAUUCGAGGCUGUGACAAAUCCUACACUCACCCGAGCUCCCUGAGGAAGCACAUGAAGAUUCACUGCAAGUCUCCACCACCUUCUCCAGGAACUCUUGGUUACUCAUCAGUGGGCGCCCCCUUGUCUCCUGUGCUGGAACCAACCAGGAGUCGCUCUAGCACACUCUCCCCUCAGGUCACUAACCUCAACGAGUGGUAUGUUUGCCAGGCCAGUGGGGCCCCCAGCCACCUUCACACACCUUCCAGCAACGGAACGACCUCUGAGUCUGAAGAUGAGGAAAUGUAUCAGAACUCUGAAGUUGUACGGACUAUACAUUAAGAAUUUAUUAAUGAUUAUAAGCAAAAUACGAAGUGGCAGUCCUUGACUAUAUCCUGGCCUAAGACAAUGCCAAGCCUGUGACAAACCCAUGACUCAGAAUUGCCACCAGUUCUAAUUAGCCCUAUUUAUUCAAUAUGAAACCCUAUGGUGUUUGUACAUUUAAUUAAUUUAAUUAAGCUAUUUGGACUUUUUUUUUUUCUUUCAUAAAAAACAAAAAUAUCCAACUAAGAUGGACUUUUUUUUCUAUAAAAAAACAAAACAAAAAAUAUCCAACCAAGCUGGACUUGUAGGACAUCACAGGGGGACAGAGCUGAGGGCAAAAUGUACCAAGGAAAAUGAAUGGAGAGAUGAGUUAAGAUGUAAACUGCCGAUAUACAAUAUAUUGUUUUUGGUUUUUUUCUUUUUUCAAGGAGAACAGAAAAGAUUAGAUCAGACUCUUUAAGGCCCUCUGCAUUUCCUGGAGUGCCUCUGAAAUGCCUUUGACACAAUAAUAUGAGCUGUUUUUGAGCUUCCUCAGUGGAGGCCUCUUGAUUGUAAACCACACACUUGCUGCAUUGCCAACAGAUCUUGGACUGUACCUAUGUCCAAACCUAUUUGUAAAAACCCUAUAAGUUCUGAUGUUUGUGAUUUUUCAUUUCUACUCUUACCACUUCUCUCACCGUAACAGUAUUUUUAUACAGGAUUAUCUCUUCAGUACCCUACUUGUAUGAUUAAAAACAAAAUCAAAAAUAUGCAGCAACCUUAAUAUAGUUCCCAUAUAUUGUGCUACUGUGAUCAAGUAAAAAGUGGAGAGGAAAAAAGCUGCUGCAAUAGACAUAACUGUGAAACUGUGAUAUUUUAUAAAAAUAGAAAACAUUCAAGUGCUUUCUUUACUUUCUAUGACUUUUUGGGGGGAUUUCCUCUUCUAAAAAUCAAACUGAAAUUUCAGACGCUGCCUCUUUAUUGUGUUCAAACUUCUUGUAUAAUAAAGAGAUGAUGUUUUAGAUGAUAAAUUCUUUGGGAUGCCAAAAUUACAGUUAAGUUUGAGGAGGUGUGAUGUUGGCAUAGUGCCUAUUUAUUUAUUUAUUUUAAAGCUGUUUUAACAACCAGUCAACUCUUUAAUGCUGACGUAUCAACCUUUUUAAAAGUUCCUACUUGUCCUUGCCUGAAACUCCAUUUUCAUUCCAGUCUCCACCUAAGCACUCAGCAUUCCCAACUCUUCCAUUUAAAAAUGACAAUGUGUGAAGUGUAUGAUUUACAUUAGAAGAGGAGAGGGAAUUCCUAUACACAUUAAAAAUUUUUAAAAGGUUUAUAGUUACCACCACACACUGAUGAAUGUGUGACCUUUGCCAGAGCUGUCAAGCUGGGAGAAAAAAGGUCAAGGACCCAGGACAAUAACUCUUAGUCAAGUUUUGGUUGGUACAACACAUCUCAUGUGCAAACUGGUCCAUCACAAACAUCGGACAAAUACACUAGAGAGCACUGAUAUAGCCUCAGAGACCCUGAAGAUACCUCCUCCUCAGGGUUUGUAAAAAUGUGUGUGCUGUGAGUGGUUGAUGUAGUCUUGUCAUUGUUAAUAACUUGUAUGUGAGCACUAUUUGUACAGUUGAAUUAAUUUAUUUUCAGACCACCACCCUACUGGAAGAGUUCAAAAUGCACCAAAGAAGUAUACAUUUUGGUGAAAAGAUUGUCACUUAUGAUCCAUGGUAUUUUUAAAAAGGAAAGAAAAUGGGAAAUAAUCAUUCUAAGUUUACUUGAAUGAACAACGUAAUGUGAAAACCAAGACUCUUCCUGCAUGUCCGUUUUGCAUUGUGUUGAUGAGAUUAUAUAUAGUUUAUAGUUCUGACUAGUGCAUGGUGCUGUCACUUUGAAAGCCUUUAAAUGUCAUCUUCAGAUUGCUAUGGUAAACACAAAACAUGCAGACCCUCUUUUAUAAAGGAGACCAUAAAACUUGAAUAUAAGAUAAUUCUACAUUUUAAAAGUUUAUUUUGAUUUUCAUAAUCACUUUCAAAGCCCUUUCAAAUAGACAAAAUAAGAAGGUAUGAACUUUGUGGGGCAGGGGAAUAAUUUAUGUAUUGUAAACUUAGAACAAAAUAUUCCUGAUUUAUAAUGAGUUGUUUUAUUUAUACAACUUUUUCAAUGGUAGUUUGCACUAUACCUAAUUAUGCUACAUGUUUAUUUAUUAUGGAACAAAGGAAUAUGUAUUUUAUGUAUUUCACCAUGGAUAGGAUGACUGCCACAGAUUUAUUGGUUCCUGAUACACCUAAAAUUAAAACUUUAAAAUGUGUACCUCCAAUAGAAGAAAAGCAAGAAUGAUUAUGAAGUAAUUUAAUAAAGGUAUUCUUCCUAUGUA